AGUUAGGUCGCCAAGGCUUCUCGUUAGCCGCCGUUAUUUUCCCGCAAGGCUUGCGGGACUCGCAUGGGCCGACACUCGUCAUUGUCUUGGCAUUUUACCUGAGCAUGCUUGUGGUUAAAUUAUUCCCUAAAGUCAUCUUCCUCCACAACGACAAAAUCUCCAUCUUUCCUUCCUCCGCCUACUGAAAAGAAGGAUCAAACAUCCAAGAUGUACAUACGCCAGUCCAAACUUCCCAACCUGAGAAAGUACCGGUACUCUGCCGUCGACCACUCCCUGGUCUCGCGGUACAUUCUGAAACCCUUUUACACAAAAUACUUUAUCCGCCUUUUCCCUCUCUCUAUGGCGUACGUCCUGUCUUCCCUCCGCCCCUAGGAAACAGCAAACAAAAGACUGACGGUUCCCAAGACCAAAUCUAGUUAUUAUAUCCCACCCGAGAAGGCAAUAGAGCGGGCUGGCCCACUAACAUUCUUCAGAUCACCCUCUCUGGCUUUUCUUUCGUCGUUGUCAACCUCCUCACCCUGCUAUGGUACAAUCCCACUCUGGACCGGGACUGUCCGGGUUGGGUUUACGCCUCGUGGUCGGCGGGCCUAUUCCUCUACCAGACGUUCGACGCCUGUGACGGUACGCAAGCAAGACGUACUCGACAGAGCGGGCCUUUGGGAGAGCUAUUCGAUCACGGUAUGCCCACCUCCCCCGGGGCAUGCCCCACCGAUCCAUCUCACAGAUAGCAGGCGUAGACGCAAUGAAUACAACCCUAGAAGUCGUCAUCUUUGCUGGCGCAAUGAACCUCGGUCACUCGUGGGUCACCAUCCUCACGCUCUUCGCGAGCCUCUGCGCUUUCUACCUGACAACCUGGGAGGAGUACCACACGGGGACCUUGUACCUAGGCAUAGUCUCCGGACCCGUCGAAGGAGUGCUGACACUCUGCGCCGUGUAUGCUAUCACCGCUUUCAAGGGUGGGAGUUUCUGGCAGAGGCCCAUGCUCAAGGCACUGGGAUUGCCGUGCCCCGACUUCCUGCCGCCAGCGUUGAGGGACCUGUCGUUUGCUGAGUGGUAUUUAGUUUACGGGGGAAUUAUCUUGGCGUAUAACAUUGUGCAGAGGUUUGCUACCCUCCUUUCGUUCUACCACGGCUCCCCGCGAAAGAAUAAGGCGGCGGAGGAUUAAAUAUUUUUAAUCCCGAGUUUCUUCAUUGAAGAGCAAAAAAGCAGCACUCUAAUCUUUCCAUGACGCCCCCCCCCCCCCCGCUCCCCCCUGGCUCACCCAACCUUCGCAAAUGCUAACGGCCCCUGUGCUCAGCUCCCGUAACGUGAUUCGUGCCCGCCAUAGCAAGAACCUCCCCAUAACCCCGGCGCUCCUGGGCCUAGCUCCGUUCUUCACUACCUGGCUUACAAUCCCCCUCUGGCUAUCCCUCCGCCCGGAGAUUCUCCGCGAGCAUAUCCUCCCCUUCAUCUUCUUCAUUGGUGCCUCCUUUGCCUAUCAGGUCGGGCUCAUCAUCACGGCGCACUUGACCAAAUCCCCCUUCCCGUAUUUUAACGUCCUCUCUCCCCCGAUCCUCGCGGGGACGCUGGAUGCCCUGGGGCCGUUCUUGCAGGCCAAGCUGGGUCUCGGAUGGCCGAGUGUGCUAGGCGGGGGGCCGUAUACUAUCGCGUACGUGCUUGCGUGCCUGGGCUUGAGCAUUGGUGUCUAUGGGAGCUUCGUGGUGGAUGUUAUCACGAAUAUUUGUGAUUAUCUAGAUAUUUGGUGCCUGAGUAUUAAGCAUCCUUAUGACCCUAACGCUCCAGAGAAGAAGGUGGAAUGAAGGUGGUAGGUACAACGAAGGAACAAUAAUCAACGGAUGGCUUGUGUGGGUGCUUACGGAGCGGAUAUACAUUUGGGUGGUGUUUAACGGAUAGCGAGUAAUUAUAGUUUUUCUCUUAUUUCGUUUCUUUGGUAAUGUGGCGGGAAUUAAUGGCCAAAGCGGUGGUAGUAGCGGGUAGCGAACAUACAAACUCGGUAUCUCCCGAAUGGUCCAAUUUGGCGCAGAGCCGCUCUAUGCCGUGCCAUGAUAGUAAGCGAUCAGCCACUACCGGCACCUGUACCCGAGCACACUGUAUUGAGUUGAAACCCCACGGAAAGUCCUCAGCGGCCAAGCAAAUAACUAGCAAGAUAGCUAGAGUCUGUUCGUCAUGCAAUCCCGAUGCUUGGAGAAGAAAAUGCCUUGAACGUAGCAGGUGGGUAAGGAAGAAACGAUCCCGGAUGGUGA